UCUGGCGUAUUGAGAGUGAGACAGUUAGUUUAAUAAAUUUGUCAUAUUUCUUUCCUGAUGUCUCUUACUCGAGCUUUACUGUUUUCUUUACUAUCUUGGCUUAAACUUGUCUUUUCACUACUACCAUCCCCGUGCUGCUCUCUCAGCGUAGUAGUUGCUGUCGAAUGAUCACUUAUUGAACUCUGUUAAAAUCCGCAGUUAUUGGCGCUUUGCCACGAUGUUAGAGGCAAAGUGUAAUUUUCUAGUUUUAUUAUUUUCACAGCAAGGUUUUCUAGGAUUUUGAUAGAUUGGAGAGAAGAUACAAAGUUAUAAUUUGUGAUUGAAACUCCAUUAAUAUCUAUUUGCUAUUCUAAUGAAGUUUUCUUACUUAAUUGCUCUUAUGAAUUGCUUAGCCAUGUCUGAGUAGUUCCAUUGUUAGAUUUUAGGGUUUAAAUAGGUUAGGAGGGAUUUGCCCCAACUAUAGAUCGCUGAUUUGUGGUAAUUGUCAUUAGGAUUGUUCAUUAAUGCCUGUCUCUAGAUUAGCUACCUAGAACCUGCCUUAGGAUUGAUAGAUAAAAGCGAGAGCUUCAUUCUGAUCCUGAAAACAUUCUAACUAAGCUAAGUUUCUUACUAUGAGUAAGGCGAGAGCUGAUCUAGUGAUCUUAGUAAGCAUUCAAUCAACCCGCACAAGAGCUUGACUAGAGCGUCGAUCGAUAUCAUUAUUGAAUAAUCGAUCGACGAAGCAAAAGGUGUAUCGAUCGAUAUCCCUAUAGGAUCAUCGACCGACACUUUCUAUUGAUCGACAUACGAUAGUUGAUAUCAUUAGAUCUAGUUAAUAGACAAGUACAAACAUUGCGAACGCUGAUGGACUUGUUAACGAAGUAGUUGAGCUUUACAUUAUCAUGCAUGCAACUCAUUAGGCAUCUGUAGGAUUAUAAUCCCGAGUUUCCUCAAUAAAAACCCUAAGUCUAACUAUUUCCUUUUUAAGCACCAAAACCUCAAUCAAUCUAUUGAACAAACACUUGUUCAAUAUAAAACUGCAAUUUACAUUUAAAUCUCUGAAACCAUUUAGCUUAACAAAUCAUAUUAGAUUUCUUAGGUUCCCUAGCUCCCUGUGAAUUCGAUCCCUAAGUACUACAACUCGACCUCUUAUUUAAGAGAGUAUAAAUCACUCCUUAGGGUAAUUUAAGUGGUAUCAAUAGGAGAAGCAACUUGUGACCUCAUUAAAAACCUUGAUUGGAAAACCCAGUGGGACAAAACCAAUUAAGGAAAAAAAAGAAUAUACACAAGCUACUCGCCUAGAUGAUAAUCAGCUUGAAGGUGGAGUAGCUUGAAUGGUGAUGAGUGUGUCUUGGCCGAUCAAGCCUCGUUCAAGACCUUCUUCUUGCUUUGAAGUUGUCUUAAGCAAACCUCCACUAGCUUCAUUGAGUUUCUUGGUUCUGGAACUUGUCAUAGGACCAUUAGGAAUGGUUAAGACAUCCUCAUCAGUCGCCUUGCCCAUGAUCUCAUUAUCCUCGUCAACUAGCUGGUCCAUGAUCACAUCAUCCGGCAUAAACCAUGAAUCCUUGUAACCACUUGGGGAUAGAGUAAAACCGGUUGCCUAUCAACUGCCUAGUCCAAUUGGUCCAUCCCUUGGCCGAUCAAACCAUACGCGUGUCCGGCCCAAAGGCCCUAUUACCAUCCCCAAACCAUUAUAUUCGAUCGCACAUACAAAAGAAAGAAGAAGAAUAUAAUAAAAUACAAAGAGAGAGUAGGAUAUAACCGUUCGCCCAUGACCUUAGACUCGAUCGGACCAACCGAAGAUCCUAGUCGAUGGAUCGCUUGCUUACUCCACUGACCUUGGAUGUGUGCUCUGGUUGGUUGGAGUCCUUCUCUAAACCUUUCUCCUUGCCUUUUCUAUCCAUCUCUAAUCGCCCCUUAUUCUCUCAAACGAUCUCUCUCGCCAGGAAAGAUUCACCACCACAACCGGCUUUGUCUUGGUCGAUCUCUCUCUCUCUCUCUCUCUCUCUCUCUCUCUCUUUAUUUCUCUCUUCUCUCGGUCUUUGCCUUUUGUUUCUUUAGAAACUGAUGAAUGAAAUCGACCAGAAGGUCCUCUAUUUAUAGAUAAUUGGGUCGGCUAACUGCCAUGGGUGAACAGGUGCGACUUGUUGGUCCAAUAGGUAUAACCUGUUCCAUAGUCCCAUUUCGCCAUAACUGCUUCCUAACGGGCUGGACCUGGGCCUAGACCCAUUACCAAAGCAUGUGGUUGGUCGCAUGGACCCCUCGGCCCAUUAAAACCUUGGGUCGACCACCUUGCCCGACCCAGGUCUGGACCCGGACUAAUGGUCCAAGACUCGAACACUUAGUCCAUCUGAGCUGAAAUGACUCCCAGCUAAUCCACCUGAGUUAGCUAGUUCAUCCAGCUAGUUGAGUUGAAUCACUUUACCCGAACUCUGACCGAGCUUCGUCUAGGUGGUCGAGCUUCGUGUUUGUAUUGCCUAGCUACCGUUAAACUUUUCCAGCUCUCUUAUCCUUGUUUCUAUUUUUAUUUGGCUAAGUCUCAUCCUUCUGAUGCACUUAACCUUCUAUUUAGGCUAUGGUAUGCUUGCCUUCAGGUCAUACGACUGGCUGGCACGUUUCCUCGAACCAUGGCCCAUCCCGACGAUCCUAAAUAGGAUCUGGGACAUGACAGUACUAUCCUCCAAAAAUUAACUUGGAAAGAAGACUAAGAAUCAAAUUAAAAUGAAACUUAAAAGAGAGCCAUGCUGGUGGUUUAAAACAGUACCACAGAGGAUGAGUCUUCAGCAGCAAAUACCACACAAAUCAAAUCUAUAACAUAAAAAUUCAUGCUAAAUAGAACGCAAAGUCUUUUCCUUUUUUGAAGAAAGAAUGCAAAGUCUAUAACAAAAAAAAAAUCAUGUUAAAUGGAAUAAGAACUCCUCAAUAUAUUUAAAAAUAAAUUUAAUCAAAAUUCUUACUAAAUAAAGCGCUAUCUGAGUUUUAAUUAUCUAAUUCAUAUCUAUAAAAAAUAAGAGCGAAAAUACCUUUCUCCGGUGGUUUUACUGUUUCACAAUACUAAAAACAGAGCCGUUUGUUGCGGAGAAAUCAUGUCUAUCAAAACUCAAAAGUGACCUAUAUGCCGAACCGUCUAUUGAUCCGAAUGUUAGGAAAAAAGCUACACACGUGGAAUUCUUAUCUGUGAAAUUGUUCAUCAGAAUUAUAUGUGUUGCAGAUAUUAAUCAUCGUAUGUAAUUAAUAUGAUAUAUUGAUAUAAUCGAUGAUUUGUGCUUAAAAAAACAAGAAAACCCAGAUGUUGUUGUAUAUGCAUGAUUAACUUCGGUCUCUUACCUGAGAUUCUUAACUCACAAUUUGAUUUUUUUUUUACAUUUUCUGGCUAAAAACGGUUUAUUUAAGAGACGGUUCUUAGCUUUUCUUAAUUAAAAUCUAAGAAAAACUAAGAACUGUCUCUUAACCGAAGCUAAGAACUCCAAUUAAGAGACUGGAUUAAUCAUGGUCAUAAUAGCAUGAUUAAUCCGGAUUCUUAAUUUAAAGUUUUUAACUCAUGAUUUGACAUUUUUUGAGUUUUUUUUAAUAUUUUUUGGUUAAAAACCGGUUCUUAUAUUUCUUAUUUACAAAAACGGUUAUUAGCUUUUUUUUAGUUAAAAGCUAAAAACAGGGCUAAGAACCCCACCCUAAAAAUCCGGAUUAAUCGUGGUCUCUAAUCCUACACAAUCUAGAAACAACACUGUAACGUUAGUUCAAUUAGUCAAGCCGCCCCUACCAGUCCAUCAUUUUAUAUUUAUAAAAAUAUAAAAGCAAAUUAACAUUCAUUGUAUAGAUAACUUCAAACAGGCAAAUAUUAAUCAAACAAACAAACCAAUACAUUGACUUUACCUCUAUAAAAUCUAUGCUAAAUAUCAACAAAAAGAUCACACAUACACAGACCACAAGUAGUAAAACCAAUAUAAAAAUGACAAACAUCUCACUCUCUACAUUCAUAUUCUCCAUUCUUUUACUCAUCUCCACCGCGACCGCCGCAACAUUCGAGAUCAUUAACCAAUGCGGUUACACCGUAUGGGCUGCCGCAAGUCCUGGAGGGGGCAGGCGUCUAAACUCAGGCCAGUCGUGGACAUUAAAUGUUCCGGCUGGAACGUCUAUGGCACGGAUCUGGGGUCGGACCAAUUGUAACUUUGACUCCUCGGGGCGUGGCCGAUGUGAAACAGGUGACUGUACUGGUGGACUUCAAUGUACCGGUUGGGGGCAGCCACCAAAUACGUUGGCUGAGUAUGCUUUGAACCAGUUCAACAACUUAGACUUCUACGACAUUUCACUUGUCGAUGGAUUUAACAUUCCUAUGGAGUUUAGCGCAACCAGCUCAAAUUGCAAGCGGAUACUAUGCACCGCAGACAUAAACGGACAGUGUCCUAACGUGUUAAGAGCGCCUGGCGGUUGCAACAACCCGUGCACGGUUUUUAAGACGAACGAGUACUGUUGUACAAACGGGCAGGGAUCAUGUAGCCCCACAGGCUACUCAAAGUUCUUCAAAGAUAGAUGUCCCGACGCCUACAGCUAUCCACAAGAUGACCCGACCAGCACUUUUACUUGCAGUAACACUAACUACAGGGUCGUGUUUUGUCCAAGGGCUAGGCUCGGUGCUACUGGGACGGACCAGCUCCCCAUCCAGAUGGUCACUGAGGAGAAUUAAUAAAAAGACGAGUCUCCAUUGUAUGUAUGUGUGCAUGAGUGUGUACGCGUGACUAUCACGCUUAAUGAAUAAUUAUGAAGGCAAUAAUAAUCAAGUUGAAAGAAAAAAAUUUGCACGAGACCAUCUCCAAUGUAUUCAUAUAUUUUUAUUUCUAAAAUAAAGUAACUCUAAAAUAAAUGUGUAUUUUUUUAA